AUGCUACAUAAUGCCGAAUAUGCUGAUUGCAAAAGCAAUAUGGACAAACUAGAGACUCAGCUGCUUAUGGAUCCUUUUUCUGCCAAUGCUGCUACUUUGAUCUCAGAAUAUGCGGUCCUCGUACGAGUAAUGGUCGUCUGCGUCACACAAUUUCACCGUGGCCUUCGGCUUACUUGGUUCAAAGGUGGCGAGCUUAAAAUUGAUCGCCAAUCUGGGUUUCCAUUCGCCAAAGAAGCUGCUGAUCAAGUAGCGGAUGUGGUCAGGGCCGUAGACUUCAUCACUACGCUUGAAAAACGGUUUAAAAAAGCUCAAACUCAAAUGCAUUCGGAGUUUCGGGCACAUCUCAAAGACCUUCAGGUCGAAGGCUACGACAAAUACCGCCGGGAAGUUAUGGAAAUUCACGACCGAUCAACAAUACCAACCGAUGGGGAGACAUCUUCCCACCACGAUGCUACUAGCCCAGAAUCGAAGAAACAUGCAGUUUUGUCUACGAACAGAAAAAUAACAUCCUCGUUGGUUCGUACAAGCCACAUGCUGCGGAGUUCGGUGCUGCAAAGUGAAUUGAACAUUAGUGAACUACAAGAUCAAACCAGCUCUCUGAAUAAACUCAAUGAUCGGUUCGAUUCUUUGACUGGGGUGCUAACCACUUCAUCUAAGAUCGUGAAGGUUAUUCAAAAUUCCUCCGGUCAAGAAAGGCGACAGAUUUACUCUGGAUUGUCGUUUCUUAUUUUGUGUAUCAGCUGGGUACUGUGGAGACGCGUAUUCAAGAUGCCCGUCAAGCUUGCAUUGUGGAUAUGGUUCAGAUUUUUCCGUUCAAUUUUAGCCUUUUUUGGGGCAAUUCCAAAAGUACAAGUAGGAAUAGGUUUACAAUCGACGUCUAGUCUAAUGGCGUCCAGUGUAAUAGGAACUGUCGCCACCCCAUCAUCUACGUUGACUGAAACAGUCGAGUCUAUGGUAACAAUGGUCGAAGAUGCUGUAGACGAUGCAUUUUCCAGGAUCCGUGAUGAACUGUGA